AUGUCAGAACUCACCCAUCGAGCAGUCCCCAGAGACUCUAUAGUUCUCGUGACUGGCGCGAACGGGUUCUUGGGCUCACAUAUUUCUGACCAAUUCCUUCAUUAUGGCUAUCGAGUCCGUGGUACCGUUCGCAACCUCGAGAAGAAUACCUGGCUCGAGAAACGGUUUGAAGAAAAGUACGGAGCUGGGCGGUUUGAACUCGUUCAAGUUGCUGAUAUGGCUGCUGAAAAGGCCUUCUAUGCCGUAACCAAAGGCAAGAAGGCAAGCCUGCUGACGUUGAUGAUCCUCGCUAAUAAAGCAGCGUAUGAUGAGCCAAGCGUGAAGCGGUUUGUAGCCACCUCGUCCUCUGCCUCCGUAUAUAACCCACUGGAUGAACCUGGCGAGGUGACCCAAGACACCUGGAACGAAAUAGCAAUCCGAAAUGCCUGGAAGGACCCGCCAUACGAGCCUGAAAGAGGAAUGAUGGUGUACGCCGCGGGUAAAGCGCAGGCAGAAAAGGAGAUUUGGCAAUUUCACAAGGAGCACCGUCACGAGCGGCCGGAUCUGGUCGUAAACACCAUUAACCAAGGCUAUACCAGCACAUCCGCCUUUAUCCCGCUACUUUGCAAGGGUGAAACAAUGCCCAUGCACCCUUUCUUUCCCCGCCAAUACUACGUCAACGUUCAAGAUACGGGUCGACUUCAUGUUGCCGCAGCUAUUCUUCCAACUGUGAAGGACGAAAGAAUUUUUGCAUUUGCUGGAAGAUUUAACUGGGACAAAGUUUUGUCCAUCUUGCGAGAAGUUCAACCCACCAAAACCUUUCUAGAUGCUUUUUCAGGUGGAGAUGAUCCACAUGAGAUCCAAGGCCGGGAUAGGGCGGAGAAUCUACUUCGUGUACUGGGUCGCCCGGGGUGGACGAGUUUGGAGGAAUCAGUCGCGGACAAUAUUCGGGACUUGUAG